AUGGCGACCGCUCAGCUUGCGCGUCCGGCUCUGAGGGCGCCGCCAAGUGCGUCAAGCGCUUUGUGCGCGCUGAACGGAGGCGCGAGUGUGACCACGCGGCCGGCUCCCACGUUGCGCGCGCACAACCUCAAGGCCAGCGGAGAGGCGCAUGCAGAGAGCCUGGCGUCUUUCAGGCGGUUUUCUCUGUCCAUUUGUCGGACGCAGGGGGGUCUGUAUACCAGCAAAAAGAGGGAGAGGGGAUGGCGGCACAGGGGAGGGAGCAUGCUUGUGCGGGCGAUCAAUGGAGGAGGUUCAGACGCUGUGGUGCUCCCCAACGAGCCGCUCGAUGUCGAUGCAAUGCCGGACCCCGAGAAGGUCAAGCGGUCGGUGAUUCCUCCCGUGCUCAUCGGUCUGACCACUGCCCUGUACUCCUACCCCACCAUUAUCCCCUGGGCGCGCUCGCACCUCGCGGUCAUCCGCGCGAGCGGCUGGGCGCCCGUUCACGUGGGCAUCCGCACGGUGGACACGUGGCUCGCCCUCCUCGUCGCGUUCUUCGAGGACGCGGCCGCGUACGAUUGGGGCGCGCUCGCGCUCUUCUACUCUUCCGCGCUCCUCCUCUCGUGGGCGCUCGCGGCCGCGGUCGAGUCCGCACGCUUGGACGCCGCGCGCGCGCGCCUGGUGCGGUACUUUUCCGCGUUCGCGCCCAUCGCCAUGUUCCUGGGGCCCGGGGUGCUCGUCCCGAUCAGCUGGGUCGCUCCGUACCUUACGAUUCCCGGAAAUACGACGUCCGGCGACUGCCUCCCGACGCGCCUCGCGCUCGCGAAGACGGUCCCGACCGCGGUCGUGCGCGCGCUCAACUUCGCGAUCCUGCUCUCCUCCGCCGUCUACUUCGUCACCCGCUUCCAAACCCUAAACCCCCUGCUGCUGCUCGGCCUGCCGCUCCUCUGGCAGCUCGCGGCCGCGCCGCCCGCGCCCUGGCUCGGGGUUUUAGACGCCCCGGUGAUCGGGCACCGGGCGGCGGAGCACAUCCACAGCUUCGCGGCGGGGAUCGGCAUGGCGCAGCACAUCUCAAGCGUGAUGGCGCUGGUCCAAAACCCGCGCAUGCUCGCCGACUUGGCGCGCGCGUUCAUCGACCCGCCCAUGCGCGCGCGCCCCGCCGUCUUCGUGGCCGCCAACGCGCUGGGCCUGUGGGCAGCGCUCCUGACGAUCCCGCUCGCGCAAGAGGGGCGCCACGCGGCGCUCCGGCUGCUGCUGAUCAGCGCGCUCUUCGGCCCCGCGGCCGCGGUGUCGCUCUACUUCGCGAACCGCGAGGCGGCCAUCGAGCGGAGAGUGGCGCAGGCCGAGGGCGUAGCGGUCGAGAUCGCGGUCGAGGCUGUUCAGGAGUAA